AUGGAUCUUUAUACUGUGAACUUCAUAUUCGCACUGCUGACAACACUAUUCGAAUGUCAGGCUAAAUUGUCUCUAUUCUUUCCGGGCGCUUCAGUGUAUCAGAUAACGGCUGCUCUAUCAGUUCCGAUCGUACUACCGCCACGCAAGAUAUUUUGGGACUGGGGCUUGCAAGUCAACUAUGCACUGCCUAGCAACCCGGCCAGCUUCUAUGCAGCUGCCAUCUGGGAGGAUCAGUUUGCCCGUCGAGAUAGGCGACACCUGCACAAUGAGACCCAAAAGUAUAUGCCAGUCGAUCUGAAGGACAUACACCCCAACGAUCUGACCGCCGGCGAGCUCUAUGAGAGUAUCGAAAAUAUGCUGAUGCGCUAUGGCUUCGACGAGACCUGCUUGCUCCGCAGUGUGUGUGAACUGGCUCGACAUCCCUUCCAUGAUGAUGAGCAGAAUAUGUUGACGGCUCUGCUUACCUUCACGCUAACGCCCUCUGUGCAUGAGGCUUUUGCGCCCAGCGAAACGAUAUACCGCGAGACCUAUGAACAUGCCGAGCAGCAGGGAUUUAUGGGCGCAGAUUGCGCCCAACUCUAUGCCCAGUGUCCAGUUGAUUUCCUAAGUGCUGUCAGCAAACUGAUUCACUACAACGAACUCUUCGAUUUGAAUGUAUAA